AUGAAUCGCUCGCAAAAUUAUUCUGCGGCAGAGCUGGAUGCUCUGAUUUCUGCAUUAGAAAAGAAAAGAUUUCUGGUGUCAGGGGAACUUGGGCCUCUUUGUGAAACUAUUCAAGCCCAGAAGAAUGCCUGGGAUGAAGUGGCCGAGGUCGUAUCAUCCCGUGCUAUGGGGGUAACACGCACUGGUUACCAAAUAAAAAAUAAGUGGUGCGAUUUAAAAUAUCGCAUUAGAUGUAAAGCUGUCCGUAUGAAGGAAGAACGAGAGAAGACCGGUGGAGGUCGUGGCCAGACAGUUAAACUGACUUUGCAAGAGGAGAGGGUGUUGGGGCUUUUAGGGGAAGCCUACAUCAGUGGCAUCGUCGGAGAAGAAUUAGACACCUCAUACGAUUUGGAGCCGGAGCAGUCAAAUGGCUAUUUGGAGACCCUUGCUGGACCCUCAAUGACGAAUUCUAGUCUAGCUGAUGUAGAAACUGAAGUUGAUACAGUUGAGAGAACAUCCGCUGGACCACCUAGACGUAUCCUAUCAACGCCACAAGGAGUAAAGCGAAAGAUAGAAAAACCAGGAUCUUCAAUCCAGCGUGUCCAAGAAUAUCGUAACAAGAAGAGAACACAAAUGAUAAACUGGGAAGAGGAUGAGGACACGCAAGUGUUGACUACUCAGAAGGAAACAAAUGAAAACAUAAAAAAAUGA